GUCAGUCUGUCCACACAGAUGCAGCAGCAGCACAUCACUAAAGAAACACAGAAGAUGAUGAAGAUGAUGAUGUUCAGUGAUGUAUGUGAGGAGUAGAUUUCAUGACAGUUUGAUUGACAUUCUGCAGUUUUCCAGACUCAUCGGUACAGAUUCUGAGUGAAAAGUCACAUGGCAUAUACAGCUCAUCUGAUUGGCUGAACAUCUGCGGUCACAGUGAGGAUCUAUGAGGAGAUGAAGCACACGGUUCAUGAACUCACUGACCAGAUUCAAACAUCAUGAAUCUGAUGGUGAUGGGUGAAGCCGGAAUAUUCCUGACCAACAGCUCUCCGGGAAUGCGGGCCUUUCCCGUUACUGCAUUUGUACCGCAUAACGUCCGGAUGGAGACCGACGGUUGGCCGGCCACCGAUUCUCUCCUCGCGCAGGGAGCCAAUUUGACCGUCAGCCAUAACGCAACUCUCCCACCCACCGUGACAUACGACCCACUCGGCGGCCGAACCAUCUGGCAGGUGGUGAUAAUCGUGUUCUUGUGUGGGUCGCUGUCUUUGGUCACCAUCAUCGGAAACAUACUCGUCCUGCUGUCGUUUAAAGUGAACAAACAGUUAAAGACGGUCAGUAACUACUAUCUGCUCAGUUUGGCGUUUGCUGACCUCAUUAUUGGGGUUCUGUCCAUGAACCUCUACACCACAUACAUCAUCAUGGACACAUGGGCUCUGGGGAACUGGGCCUGCGACCUGUGGUUGGCCGUCGAUUACGUGGCCAGUAACGCUUCUGUCAUGAACUUGUUGGUCAUCAGUUUCGACAGGUACUUUUCCGUCACGCGUCCGCUCACCUACAGAGCCAAACGGACCACGAAACGAGCAAUGAUGAUGAUCGGACUGGCCUGGUCCAUCUCCUUCGUUCUGUGGGCUCCCGCCAUUCUGUUUUGGCAGUACUUUGUCGGGAAGCGAACGGUCCCGGCCGGUGAAUGUUACAUACAGUUCCUCUUCGAGCCGAUCAUCACCUUCUGUACUGCCAUCGCAGCUUUUUAUUUGCCUGUCACCAUCAUGACCGUCCUGUACUGGCGCAUCUAUAAAGAGACGGAGAACCGUUCGAAAGAGCUCGCCGGACUGAAGGGUUCAGGAAACCAAGGGAAUUACGGAGGUCACGAAGAAUCCAAAGCAGCUGUGUUGCCUCAGACGGGUGGCGUGCACGGCCGCGAGCACAACCUGUCCAGACAGAGGAACUCUGGGAAGACGAAACCAGGAUGCUUCCGGUUCUGGCCGCCGUGCCGCAGAGGAGGACGGAGAUGCGACGGAGACGUGGACUGCAGUAGAAGCGACAGCUGGAAUAACAACGAGAUGACGAUUUCCAUCGAACAGUCGGACGAAGAUGAUGAAGAGGAUGGAGAAGAACAAAAACCCAUCUUCUCCACUGUUCUGAGCGUGCCCCCCAUCGCAGGGGGCGGAGAAUCUGAGCAGCUUCACCACCAGCGAUCCCCAGACACCGAAGUGAGAUCAUUCAGAAAGGGAUUUUCUGACCAUUUCACCCUGGACUCAAAAGAUCAACCCAACACGUCCAUCAAAGACACCCAACAUAAGACACAAGUCAACAAACGCAAGAAGAUCUCUCUGGUGAAGGAGAAGAAAGCGGCUCAAACGUUAAGCGCCAUUCUGCUGGCCUUCAUCAUCACGUGGACGCCGUAUAACAUCAUGGUCCUGGUGAACACGUUCUGUACCGACUGCAUCCCGCAGGCUCUGUGGGCUCUGGGUUAUUGGCUGUGUUAUGUCAACAGCACAGUAAAUCCCAUGUGUUACGCUCUGUGUAACAAAACUUUCCGCAGCACCUUUAAAUCCAUCCUGCUGUGCGAGUGGGAACAGAAGAACCACAACCAGAAGCUCCAGCAGAGAGAAGCAGCAGUGGCCUACAGAAAGAAAACUGAAGUCUAGACGCUUUUCGUCUUCUCACCUGACAGGAAUGACGUUGUACAUACAGUACAGUAUUGUUAAAGGUUUUAUUGAGUCCAGUCCAACACAUAAUCCUGUAAAUACAAAUAAAACACAAUAAAUAUCAGCAUCUGAUCAAUUUUCUUGAGGAGUUCUGUAACUAAAACGUUGUCUCAUUUUUACUCCUUUAGUCCAUAAUUGUCCUGUGAAAUAAAGACUGUCGGGUAGUUUUACUGUUUAAAAUUGUCUAUGGGAACUGUGGUUUGGUUUGUUGUAAUAUUAUUAUUGUGUCUUCAGCUCUUACUCUGGUUGAAAGGUUUUGUAAGACCUCACGUGAAAUGUGAACACACACUCCCAUCUAGUGGUUAAAAUAAAAAUAUUGAUCCUGAAGAUUGACAGAAAAGAAUAAAAUCAUCACUGAUCUUCAGCUUGUGUUUAUGCAAGGGUUUUAUAUUUUGCUCUGUUUAAAUUAAUACACAUUUGUUUUUACUCAUCUAAUUGUUAAGUUUUAUAUUGUUUACUGUAGUACUGGGAGUAAUACAUUUUGUCUCUUAUAUAUAUAUAUAAUUAUAUACAUAGCGGUUGUACAUUUUUUGAGUUAUUUCUAUACAGAAAUGUUUGAUGAAUAAAAUAAGCUGUGGUUGUGUUGUUUUAUUGUAAGUGUGGUACUAAUACAUAAAUACACUCAGAUUUGAAGUAAUUUUAU